UAUUUCACGGUUCAGUUGAUGUGCAGGGGUGAGCUCGCGCUUCCUCAUUGGUCCGCGAGCCGCCUCUCUCCCAUCUCGCUUUCCCCAUUCAUACAUCCCUCCUCUCCUCCUCACACGCCUCCUCAACAUUACUCACACUUAUCCAUGACAAUCACUUUCUCAUAGACGGGACUAAUUAUUAAAGACUGGAAAAGAAUUCAAAAUUACCGAGUGACAGAUACAAGACAGGGGCCGUGAAGUGAACAUCUCACAUUUCCGGACUCUCUGUCCAAUGAAAAUGUUUCAGACCGUCCCAGACACUUCGUCUUACGUCAAGGUAAGACAACAUCGUCACUACGAGCAGGAGGCGCUGUCAGUGGUGAGUGAAGACCAAUCUCUGUUUGAGCCUCCAUACGCUGCUGCUGCUCCCUUACCCAAGACGGACAUGACUGCGUCCGGCGCACAGGAUUACGGUCAGACCCACAAGAUCAACCCUAUUCCUCCUCAGCAGGAGUGGAUCAACCAGCCUGUGCGAGUCAAUGUCAAACGAGAAUAUGAUCACAUCAAUGGAUCCAGAGAGUCCCCGGUGGACUGUAGUGUGGGUAAAUGCAAUAAAAUGGUGGGUGGGACCGACACAUCUCAGAUGAACUAUACUGGCUACAUGGAUGAGAAGUGUGCUCCGCCCCCAAACAUGACAACCAAUGAGAGGAGAGUCAUCGUCCCAGCAGACCCUUCUCUCUGGUCUCCAGAUCAUGUGCGGCAAUGGUUAGACUGGGCCAUUAAAGAGUAUGGUCUUCAGGAGAUCGACACAGCCAUGUUCCACAACACAGAUGGAAAAGAGCUUUGCAAGAUGAGCAAAGAGGACUUCCUGAGACUUACCAGCGGUUAUAACACGGAGGUCCUGCUCUCACAUCUCAAUUACCUCAGGGAAAGCAGCUCAUCAAUAUCAUACAACACACCAUCUCAUACUGACCAGUCUCCUCGCUUGGCUGCCAAAGAUGAUGCGUCUUAUGAUGCUGUACGGAGGGCAGGCUGGUCAAACAACAUGCACAGCGGCAAAGGCUCUCCUACAGUGGUCUCUCCGAACGUGUCCAAGAACACUGAGCAGGCUCGGCCUCAGCCAGACCCUUACCAGAUAUUAGGACCCACUAGCAGUCGACUUGCCAACCCAGGUUCCGGACAGAUCCAGCUGUGGCAGUUCUUGCUAGAGCUUCUCUCUGACAGUGCCAACGCCGGCUGCAUCACCUGGGAGGGAACCAACGGCGAGUUCAAGAUGACGGACCCCGACGAAGUAGCGCGUCGCUGGGGUGAGCGCAAGAGCAAGCCCAACAUGAACUACGACAAACUAAGCCGUGCCCUGCGCUACUACUACGACAAAAACAUCAUGACCAAAGUGCACGGCAAACGCUACGCCUAUAAGUUUGACUUCCACGGCAUCGCUCAGGCCUUGCAGCCCCAUCCGACCGAGUCCACCAUGUACAAGUACCCGACCGACCUGCCGUAUGUACCGAGUUACCACGCCCACCAGCAGAAGGUCAACUUCGUUUCGGCCCAUCCUCCAUCCAUGCCCGUCACCUCCUCCAAUUUCUUCGGGCCCACCCCCCCAUACUGGAGCUCUCCGGCAGGUGGGAUUUAUCCCAAUCCCAGUGUGCCACGUCAUACCAAUUCGCAUGUGCCUUCUCACCUAGGCAGUUACUACUAAAGCCCCUCACCUCUCACCAGCUCCCCGUAUGCCAAAACUUGAACUGUACUCGGAGCGAAGACAAACCAGGAAGCUGGAAAGGGAGGGAUUUUGGCCGAAAUGUUUGUUUAAAGAAGCAGAAGUUGGAAAAGAAAGAGAAAGUAAAGACAAAAUGGACCAAAAAUGGCUGAUCCUCUUCAAAAUGGAGUACUACUUAUUCAAAGGACUUGGGUUGGUGUUUGUUUUGGAGAGUUUGAGCAUGUUUCUCGUGCCUUUCCACACCCGAAAGCUGCACCGAUGGGCCAGAGUCCCUUUCUACCAAAUAAAGACCACAUCUAUUAUGUAUAAGUCGGCCGGAUGACCGAAAAAAUGAAUCACUGUAAACUCACCCUGUGUGUUAAUGCAAUUGUGAACCGAGUGUUUAUAUUUUUGGACGUAGUCCCUGCUUCCCUUUUGGAUUUUAUCUAAACCCACCUUGGUUACCUGAAUUUAUCUUUUUAAGUUGUGACUGAAACUCUCUUUUCUAAAGCAAAUCUGGCAACUGGAAAAAAAUGUUGGCAUUCAGCCGCCUUGAAUCCUCCUUGCUAGGGGACGUGGCGUCUGGUUGUUUAUUAGGAGCUUCUCAGGCUAGCUGGCUCAAGCUAAACUCUCUUACUCAUCUUUAGCACUCCUCUAUGCUGAUGACCAAGACAGUGUUGAUGUGAAAGCUUUGUCGAAUGGAUCGAAACCUGCUUUACAUUUCCUGAUGCACGAUGUCCCGUGUGAAUCUCACUGUCCCCUCAUUGGCCAGUGUAAAUCCACUCGAUUUCAUCUCAAAACAGCCAAAGUGUUAAAUUCACAUUAGAUGUAUUUGCAUUCCUACAUGUCUUAAAAAUCCUAGAUUCUUGGAUCGCUGAAUGUGGGCAUCAUGCAAAAUACCUCUUCGAAACGAUAUAACAGUUAAAACAGCAGCACGAGACAUUGAAACCAGAGAUUCGCGAACGCUGUGCGUUUGUCAGACCUAUUUGCUAGUAUUUUUUUUUUUUUUUUUUGAUCAAAGGUCAACUAGGCAUUAAAAGCAUCUUACUGUAUAAAUUAUGCAGAGCUAUUUUCAUAUGUGACAGUGUUAAGAAUCAUACGUUAAUACGAGUUGACCUCGGUCAAAAUGCAAACUUUUUUAUCAGUUCCUAAAGGUAGUAGUUUGUACUAGGUGUUUUGUAUCUGUACAUAUGGGCAAUAAGUUUAUGAAUGUUUUCUUGUAUUUUUCAGAAAAUGCAUUUUCUAAAGUUCUUGGCGAGUUGCCAUGACAAUAAGAAAGUUAUUUUGAUAUGUAGUUGAUAUUUUUUAUUCACUAAAAGCAAAUGCCUUACCAAACAUGCUUGGAGACAAUCGGUUUUCUAAAGUGCCAUAAUAAACCCUCAAUGCCAAAACGUAUUACUGGCAAUCGUAUGUGCCUAAAAAACAGUGUUAGUUUUACACAAGCAUUUCCCUUUGUGUAUUUUGUAGCAUUAAGACAAAAGAUGAUCAAAAAUUCCUAACUGUUCAUCUCUGGAUCACUCUCAGAUAUGAAGGAAUUGUGCUAUUUUAUAUAUGCAAGUAUUCGGAUAUUAAAUUUAUUGCUAUAUAAAUAUAUAUAUAUAUAUAUGAAAUAUUGCAAUUAAUCUUUUUUGUUAAUUUUGUUGUUUCUGCAAAUUAAGUAUUACCUUUUGUAAAAGGGUCUGUUGAAUAAGUAAAAUGUGACAAAAAUAAAUGUUUUUACAUUAAAAAUCUCUCCAUAUAA